AUGGUUGAUUCCAGCGAUUCGAGCUCGGAGUGUUUCGUAAUCCGACGCAACAACAAACCUCUGAAGAGGAAGCAUGUGGAAGACGACGACGGCGAAAACAUUUCCGGUACGGAGGCGACGCUGAAUAGGAGAAAGCAUCUGAAGAAGACGACGAUAAUUGUACCUUCAUCUUCGUCUCCGCCUUCAAAGAUGACAUGGACUAAGAAACACGAGUUCGUCAUUCUCAGGGGUAUUUUGGAGUAUGAAAAGAAAACAGGAAAGAAAUAUGGAUAUGAAUGGGAUGUGUUCUACAGAUACAUGAAACAUCUGAUGGCAGAAACAAGUUUCACGAAAGCACAACUCCAGCAUAAGGUGCUUAAGUUGAAGAAGAGAUUUAAAGAUAACAAAGCAAGAUCCAACGAAAGGAGUGGACUUUAUUUUAAUUACACCGAAGAUGAGGAAGCUUUCAAUUUGUCAACGAUCAUUUGGGCAGACAUCGGAACCGAAUGUGCUGAUUCGAGCAAGAAUUUGCAGGAACAACAACAACAAAAGGUUCUUGUUUCGGUUAAGGAUGUUAACAAGAAAACAGAAUGUGCUUACUCGAGCGAGAAUAUGCAAGACCAACAACAAAAGGUUCUUGUUUCGACUAAGAAUAUCAACAACAAAACGGAAUGUGCUUCUUCGAACGAGAACAUGCAGGAACAACAACAAACGGAGGUUCUUGUGUCGACUAAGGAUGUGCAUUGUGCUGAGAAUGAGCGAGGGAGUUGCAUAAGAACGGUGGAGAAAGAGAAGAGCUGUGAGGGAGAUGGCGAUGGUGAGGAUAAUGAGUUGUGUGUUCUGCAAGAGGUGCUUGAGGCGGGGACAUUGUUUCAGAGUUUAGGUAAGAAGCAACAGAAGUUUCUGUGUCAGAAUUUGAAGAACCUGUCAGCUCAAAGAAGAAAAGAGUUGACUGAGGAAUGGGAGGCGUUGCUUGAUGAGGAGAUGAAGUUAAAUAUCAAGAAGAUAACUUUCUCUGCAAAGCUAGCAAGUUCGGGAGUUUCUGCUUAA